AUUCUCCACUCUUUUCAAAUUUAGUCCCUGUCAGCCAAUUCCAUCGCAGAAAGAAGCUCAUUCCCUCCCCCUUUUUCCCGGAACAAACAACAUGGCAAAGCGUUUGAUUCCUUCAUUUAACCGCAUUUUGGUUGAAAAACUAAUCCCUCCUUCUAAAACCAACUCUGGGAUAUUGCUUCCCGAGAAGACCCCCAAGUUGAACUCCGGCAAAGUGGUAGCAGUUGGGCCAGGAGCACGAGACAGAGACGGGAAACAUAUCCCAGUUAAUCUAAAGGAAGGAGAUACAGUCCUUUUGCCUGAAUAUGGAGGCACCGAAGUCAAGCUUGCUGAAAAAGAGUAUCACCUAUACAGAGAUGAUGAUAUCUUGGGAGCCCUUCAUGACUGAUUUGCAGCUUUGGACUGGAGAAUUGGAUUCUCUAUUUC